UGUGCGCCUCAUCAUCGCCGCGUCCAGGCUUGAACGCGUGUAAUGGGAAGCACUGCCUCCCUCCUCCAUGCGUAAAUUAUGUAGGGCAGGACGGGAAUGCUGUGCCACCUCCAUUUGAGAAAACCCGGCCGAUGAAUGUGAAGGGGAAAGGGGAAAAAAAGAAAACACAGAAAGCCGUCUUCAAGCAGCGUUUGGCAGAAGAGGAGUAGCGCAUCUCGACUUUGCUGUUGUGCAGCUGAGGAGAAGAAAAGAUGGACAUCACGGAUCAAGGAGCUCAAAUGGAGCCGCUCUUACCAACGGAGCAAAGUCCCCAAGAAAAUAAAGAUGUGAGAACUGAUGAGGAGGCAGUGGUGGACCGCGGGGGCACUCGCUCCAUGCUCAACACCAACUUUGAGAAGGAAGAACUAGAAGGUCACCGCACUCUCUACAUCGGGGUUCACGUUCCCUUGGGCAGGAGGUCACACCGACGUCACCGUCACCACGGACACAGACACAGGAAGAGGUCCAAGGAGAGGGACUCCACAGCUGAUGAUGGAAGAGAAUCUCCCUCACACACAGACACACCAGCUCAACGAGUGCAGUUUCUGUUGGGGACAGAGGAUGGCGAUGAGGAACACAUCCCCCACGCCCUAUUCACCGAGCUGGACGAAAUCUGCCUCAGGGAGGGUGAGGACGCCGAAUGGAAAGAGACAGCCAGGUGGCUUAAGUUUGAGGAGGAUGUUGAGGAUGGCGGUGAGCGGUGGAGUAAACCCUACGUAGCCACGCUGUCUCUACACAGUCUCUUCGAGCUUCGCAGCUGCAUCAUGAACGGCACCGUGAUGCUGGACAUGAGGGCCAACUCGCUGGAGGAGAUCGCAGACAUGGUUCUGGAUCAGCACGAGUUGUCGGGCGCUGUAGGUCAGGAUGCCAGGAGGAGGAUCCGCGAGGCCCUGCUCAAACAGCACCACCACCAAAACCACAAGAAACUGGCCAACCGCAUUCCCAUUGUACGCUCCUUCGCUGAUAUCGGCAAGAAGCAGUCUGAGCCUCAUUCCAUGGACAAGAAUGGCCAAACGGUCUCCCCUCAGUCCCAGCCAGCCAACAAUGAGGGCAAACAGGACGUCAGCCGAGAAAACAGCGCUGUGGACUUCAGCAAGAUCGACCUCCACUUCAUGAAGAAGAUCCCUCCCGGUGCUGAGGCCUCUAACGUCCUGGUGGGGGAGCUGGAAUUCCUGGAGCGCCCUGUGGUGGCCUUCGUCCGCCUGGCUCCGGCUGUGCUGCUUAAUGGCCUGGCUGAGGUUCCCAUCACCACCAGGUUUCUCUUCAUCCUGCUUGGCCCCAUGGGAAAAGGACCACAGUAUCAUGAAAUUGGCCGGUCCAUUGCUACCCUGAUGACUGAUGAGAUUUUCCACGAUGUUGCUUACAAGGCCAAAGACAGGAACGACCUGGUGGCAGGCAUCGACGAGUUCCUGGACCAGGUGACAGUGUUACCUCCUGGAGAGUGGGACCCCUCCAUCAGAAUAGAGCCUCCCAAAAAUGUGCCCUCUCAGGAAAAGCGGAAGAUUCCUCCCGUUCCCAACGGAGUGACAGAUCUUGGAGAGUCAGGAGAACACGGAGGGCACGGUGGCCCUGAGCUGCAGCGCACUGGGAGGUUAUUCGGCGGGUUCAUUAUGGACAUCAAGCGAAAGGCUCCUCACUACCUGUCCGACUACACAGACGCCGUCAGUCUUCAGUGUCUGGCCUCCUUCCUCUUCCUCUACUGCGCCUGCAUGUCACCUGUCAUCACUUUUGGAGGACUCCUGGGUGAGGCCACAGAGGGACGUGUGAGUGCUAUAGAGUCCCUGUUUGGGGCGUCCAUGACUGGAAUAGCCUACUCUCUUUUCGCCGGUCAGCCCCUCACCAUCCUGGGCAGCACUGGGCCCGUUCUCGUCUUUGAGAAAAUCCUCUUCAAGUUCUGCAAGGAGUAUGGCCUCUCCUACCUCUCCCUGAGGGCCUGUAUUGGCCUGUGGACGGCCUUCUUCUGUCUACUGCUGGUGGCCACGGAUGCCAGCUCGCUUGUCUGUUACAUCACACGCUUCACUGAGGAAGCUUUCGCUGCGCUGAUCUGCAUCAUCUUCAUCUACGAGGCCCUGGAGAAGCUGCUCCACCUGGGGGUGCACUACCCCAUCAAUAAACACAACAACCUGCAGAAACUCACACAGUACUCGUGUGCGUGUGUGGAGCCCACAGACCCCAGCAAUGAGACCUUGCAGUACUGGGAGGAGAGAAAUAUCACAGCCUCUCAGGUCAACUGGACCAUGCUGGAGGUCAAGGAGUGCGAGAUGUUGCACGGGGAGUUUGUCGGCAGCGCCUGUGGUCCCCAUGGCCCCUACAUCCCCGACGUCCUCUUCUGGUGCGUGGUCCUCUUCUUCUCCACCGUCUUCAUGUCCGCCUUCCUCAAGGAGUUCAAGACGAGCCGCUACUUCCCCACCAAGGUGCGCGCCAUCAUCAGCGACUUUGCUGUCUUCAUCACCAUCCUAACUAUGGUUAUUGUAGAUUAUGCCUUGGGGAUCCCCUCACCUAAACUACAGGUGCCCAGCAACUUCAAACCAACCAGGGAUGAUCGUGGCUGGCUUAUUAACCCCGUGGGGCCCAACCCCUGGUGGACCACAAUUAUCACCUUUGUCCCCGCGCUACUCUGCACCAUCCUCAUCUUCAUGGAUCAGCAGAUCACUGCCGUCAUCAUCAACAGGAAGGAGCACAAACUAAAGAAAGGCUGUGGCUACCACCUGGACCUGUUUGUGGUGGGUGUGAUGCUGGGCGUGUGCUCAGUGAUGGGCCUGCCGUGGUUCGUUGCAGCCACCGUGCUCUCCAUCUCCCACGUCAACAGCCUGAAGCUGGAGUCCGAGUGCUCGGCCCCCGGGGAGCAGCCCAAGUUCCUGGGAAUCCGAGAGCAGCGCUUCACCGGCCUCAUGAUCUUCACCCUGAUGGGCUGCUCUGUCUUCAUGACCUCUGUGCUAAAGUUUAUUCCCAUGCCUGUGCUGUACGGAGUCUUUCUGUACAUGGGGGCGUCCUCACUCAGAGGCAUUCAGUUCUUUGACCGACUAAGGCUGUUCGGCAUGCCGGCCAAACAUCAGCCAGAUUUCAUCUACCUUCGUCACGUCCCGCUGAGGAAGGUGCACCUCUUUACCAUCGUUCAGCUCAGCUGCCUGGUCCUGCUCUGGGUCAUCAAGACCUCCAAGGCCGCCAUCGUCUUCCCCAUGAUGGUCCUGGCCUUGGUAUUCAUUCGUAAGCUGCUGGACUUCAUCUUCAGCAAGAGAGAACUGAGCUGGCUGGAUGACCUGAUGCCAGAGUGGAAGAAGAAGAAGCUGGAGGAUGCUGCAGAGGAGGAGGAGCACAGUAUUAUUGCCGAGGAGGAAGGCAUUGUACAAGUGCCACUGGAGGGACACUAUAAGAGUGACCCGGCCACAGUGAAUAUUACUGACGAGAUGUCUAAAGGAUCUUUCGGGAAUGUGUGGAAGAGUGUCAACCCCGGCGAGAGCACGAAGAAGGAAGCCAGCGCUAAAAGUUGUUCCAGUGGCGGCGAAAAGCGACACAAGCGCCGGAGACAUGAGAAGAGCUUGGACAGGGAGACAAGUUUGUGAUGACACAUACUGGCGGUGCCACUGUGCUGUCAAUCAGUAGAUCAAAAAACAAACACAAAAAAAAAAAACGAUACCGUGCCACACUCAACCACCUUUGUACUGUGCUACACUGUGUUUUUGUCAUGUAAGUCCGUGUGCAAGUUGUGUAAAACAAAAAUUGUUAGAAACAGUAUUAACACGAGGAACCGAGACACAUUUGUGUUCUUUUUCUAUGUAUAUCAGUGUUUGGUGAUACCAGCAACAGAAGGAAGCCAGAACUUCAUGACACUUACAGUAACUGCUGUGUCAAUGGGCCAAUUACGUAAAAAUUUUAAACCGUUUUUAAAUCUAUUUUAUUUGUAUUUUGUAUGUUUUUAUAUUUUUCCAACAACAGUAGUCCUUUGAAAAACCUGCCACAGCAAACUGCAAAGAAGUGGAUUUUGUGUGCAGUAUUUAAUGCCGCUAUUGACUUGACGCACCUCACAGUAGAAAUCCUAAAAAGUAGAUAUUUGCCAAUACUAAUCUAUUUCACUGGUAUCUUAAUGAGUUGGCUAUAUAGGAAAUCUAGUAAUUUUUUGAAAGUAUUGACUUUACAUUUUAUAUAUUCUGUAUAUCUAAAUGUUUUUGUGACAGUGACAGCUCAUAUCACUCCAGAGUCUUCUUCAUUUUACAGAUAAAUGUCUCACCUCCAAUAAAGCAUUUCCCCAAACGAGUUAAAGGAAUAGUUUGAUAUUUUGAGGAAAUACAUUUUUUUGUUUUGUUGCUGAGAGUUAGACGAGAACAUUGAUACCUCACAUGCUGGUACUCUAAGGAUGAAGCUAAAGCUAGCAGCCACAUAGCUUAGCUUAGCUUAGCAUAAAGACAGAAAACGGUGGAACAGCUUGCCUGGCUCUGCCCAAAUGUAAGAAAAUCUGCCAAA